AUGGAGGCUUCGGGGGGUAAGAACCGGCCGCCUUUGAUGGACAGGAUUUUGCAAUCUGGAAAGGCAGCCUACGAUCCUGAUCUGCCGGAGGAGACAAGACGGCAAAAUCAAGCACCAUUCAAGACUCUCCUAGACAGUACAAAGAGUUUAGCGCUUCUUCCGGUGUUGACUGUACUCGUACAGCCAAGUCGAACUCAGCCAUGGCUACGUGCACCGCUCAUAUCAGCUCUUGCGCUGCUACCCCUCCGACCCCGUGGUGUUCAAAAUACAAUCGAGUUUGUCCUUUCUAUACACCCGAGUUCUCGACUCAAUGCUCCUUCUAGUAGUGGUGAGCGUUCGGGGAUCUCUCAUGAAGCUUUGAAUGCUGCGUCACGGCUUCUCUCGUCCCCUCCAGGAGGCAUGGCUCCCGACCACUGGUUUUCGGGUAUUGGUCCCCAACUUAUCUCUCUUCUUCAGGGAGAAGGGGAACCGGAAAUGGAUAAAGCUGCUGCUUUUAUUAUUGGAUUUGGAAUCCUUGGGCGGAAGCAAUAUGGUGCCCCCGGUAUGCGAUUUGAUUCAUUUCUAAGGCAUCCGCUAAUCGGUGCGUAUACAGGAAUGGCUGGCUGGAAAGCAUUUGUGGAACCGAUACUACGAUCUAUUGAUCCAAACACUGCACCAAGAUCAUCUCGAGAAGCAUCCCUAGAAGAACCAAUAAUCACUUUGGGCGCUCCUAACAUGCUCGUAUCAUCUGAAGAGGUGGCCAAAGGCAUUAAAAAUUUGUCGACGCUCUUAACUUCACAUCCUCAUCCUUCCUUAGCCAAACGACUUCUGGGACCAAUUCUUCUCCCUCUUUGGGCGAUAGCCUCUUGGCACCAAAGCGAUGAGACGACGAAAACAAAUUUUUGCAAGCCAGCAAGACGGCUGUUGAGCACAUUGGUCCAACUGUCGCCUUCGUCCAAAGAUUCGAGCGAGACUGGAAAACUUACUUCCUCCAUUUUGUCUACGAUUUUGCAGAACCUGACAUUCAGGGGCAGGUCGGACCCAAAUAAACAAUGUUGGGAAUAUGCUGUUGCGAAGGACGGCGGCAUACAAAUCCAAGAGUCAACUAGUUCUGUUCAGGACAGUUUACCGGUCUUGGGGGAGAUCGACGGGGCAGGUGAUCGGUUUAUUUCCUUGCUGGAAAUGCUUGCAGCCACUCCCGAAUUUGACGUAGAAAUCUCGAGCUUAUUCAUGUCUCUCUGCAGCAAGUGGUUCUCUCAAAACAGCAAAUCGAAGCAGGCACCAAAGAUAUCCACACGGAUCGAGCCAAUAAACCAGGAUCAAAACAUCGGAACCAGACUUAUUGAAGCCAAAGUUAUGCAAAAGAUGAUGACUGCCUUUCCAGACAAACUCGUCAGCGACUCACAUCAAGUGCUUGAGCUAGUUCAUCAAGUGCUUGCGGCUGCUGUUUCCAGCAAUGGAGAUUUAAAUACAGAGGAUACAGUUCCAGUUGCGUUGAGCUUGUUAAACAUAGUUUUGACGUCCCCAAGCUUUAAGGGCACAUCCGAAACCAAAACUUUAGACGCAAUUCAAAUAUCCUUACACACUAUCAGUCGAAUGGGCAAUCAAGAAACAUCAAUAACGGCACAAAACUUGCUUUUGUUGUUGAAGUUUCGUACUUCCAUCAAUGAACCUGAGAAUCCUACAAUAAGUAAGCCGACAGAUCAACAAUUGGAAGAUCGCAAAACAUACAAUCUCGCAAUCUCAUACCUCACGACAACCGACUCACCGCCUCCGGUCCGGGCUCAAGGUCUUGAACUCAUCUCCAACUUAAUCAGAGCCAGCAGCUCCAUCCUCGACAUUCAAGCACUUCUCGUCCUCUUCUCAUCCCUCCUUCAAGAUAGCGAGGAGUAUAUCUACCUAAGGGUCAUACAAUCAUUUAUUCAGCUAUCGCACAGACACCCCAAAGCAGUCAUGAAAGAUCUUAUUGACCGCUACGUCGAUCCGAGCGAAGACUCCGAGUUGGAUCAACGCCUACGGCUCGGAGAAGCAUUACUCCAAGUCAUCCAAGAAAACCCCGCAGCUUUCUCGAGCGAAGCGGCUAGAUCAGUAUGUGAGGGCUUAAUAUUUGUUGCCAGUCGCCGAGGCUACAGACCGAAAACCGAACAAGAACAACACAAACGAAACAAGCUGAAGCGGAAGAAAAUUCAAGAAGCAGAAGAAGUAUGGGACGGCCCGGUUCCGCAGCUUGACGAAGUCCUCGAGACAGAAUCACACGAGGACGAUGAAAUACUGUCACAAAUUACUUCAGGCUGGGAGAGCAAGCGAGGAUCAGAAGACGCCCGAGUCCGGGCUUCUGCAAUAUCCAUUCUCGGCUCGGCAAUAGAGGCAAAUAUUGCGGGUAUAGGAUCACGCUUGUUGUCUACAGCGGUAGACUUAAGCAUUCACAUCCUUACUCUUGAACCAGAGCCCGAGAAAGGAAUUCUACGCCGCGCGGCUAUUCUCCUAGUCAUGCACUUUAUCAAGGCAUUAGAUACAGCACGAGCCGAAGGGAAGAAAUUGGGUUUUGGCUUUGUGGGACGGAGUCUUGAGGACGUGCAGAGAAUAUUGGGGUACGUGGAAGAGACAGACAACGAUGGGUUGGUGAAGCAGCAUGCCAGAGAUGUAAUUGAAGGACUGCAGGCUUGGCAGAUGAACGCAUUGCUUCCCGAAAGGGACGCGCCGAGUGAGCUCAGAGAACUGGCCGGGUUAUCGGUCAAUCCAGGACGGGGCAACGAGACUGCAGGUGGAAUGAGACCUCGGAUUGAAGAGAUAGAGUAA